CAUCGGAAAUAAUGGAACCUGGUGGCACCCCAUUUGAGAAGUCCUUUAUACAGCCAUCCAUGGAAAAUUUUGUUGAGGAGCUAAAGCAGAAGGUAAUAUUAAUGUAUUGUUACACAGAAGUGUGUGUGAAUGCCACACAUAGAUAUAUUCAUUUUGGUUAAUGUUUUGCAGGAGGGAAAUGAACCAGCAACCAUGUUGGUUAGCAAUGGAUGCGUGGAUAUUAGAGGAAAAAUUGCGGAUAAGCAAACCACUGGAGGAUGGAAGGCAUCUCCAUUUAUCAUAUUUAAUGAGGUUGCCGAGAGAUUGGCCUUCUUUGCAAUAGCAGUGAACAUGGUGGCUUAUUUGGUUUUCGAAAUGCACCAAUCGCUUCCAUCUGCUGCAACUCAUGUGACUGAUUGGAUCGGAGCUGCUUAUGUUCUAACUCUACUCGGAGCAUUUCUUGCCGAUGCUUAUCUGGGUCGAUUCUUGACCAUCAUCGUCUUUUCUUGCAUAUAUGCAGUUGGAAUGGUUUUGCUGGCUCUAUCAGCCUCCAUUGACAGCCUGCGACCGCCAAAAUGCAUGGUCAGGCCCUGCAUAAAAGCAACCGACAACCAAGCAGGUUUCCUCUUUAUUGCACUGGCUCUUAUAGCUCUCGGAACUGGAGGUAUCAAGCCAUGC